CCUGGUUGAUCUAAUGUGUGUAAAGUCCGAGACAUGUACUGGCUCUUUGAUUGGAUUGAUCGCUGUUGUUUUGUUCAUGUUUUAUUUGAUGUUUUGGUUUAAAUAGAAAUUCAUAACGACUAAAUAAGAAGAGCGCGAAGCGCGUUCUUCCAGCUCUGUACCGGUAUGUUGUCUAUAAAGCGGAGCUGAUAUAUAUUUUUUCAUUUAGUAUUCUAAAAAACUGACUGGGAUAGAGUAAUCUGUUAAGAUUACUCAAGCACCGGACUCAAGGUAAACAUGCAGUGCUCGCUGGAAAGCUUAGUACACGUUCUAGAGUCGUACAGAGGAAGAGACAAAGUGGUCCGGACACUGUGUUAUGGCUCCCAGUUGGUCGGGGGUGCCCUUGCCCAGAAGACGACGGGACAGUCCAGGCUGGGGAAGAGCCUGUUGCUGUUCUCGGCUCAGCUCAGCCGCUGCCGCACCGUGCUGAGGCUGUUCGAUGAUCUCUCCAUGCUCUCCUACUCCAGGAGCUACGGACUCGGGACGCGGGACGAGGAUCCUGUGCUGCGGUGGAUGUCUGUGCUCGGUAACGUGGCUGACCAGCUGUACUACCCCUGCGAGCACAUCGCCUGGGCCGCUGACGCCGAACUCAUCCGCACCAAGUCUGACAAGUGGUGGACGCUGAGCACUGCCCUGUGGGGCAUUUCCCUGCUGCUGGGAAUCCUCCGGUCUCUGCGAGUCCUCUUGUUGCUUAAAAGGAAGAUGAAGAAAAGUGAGAGGAGCAGACUGAGGGAGAGCAGUGAGCCAGGUGUCCAGCGUGGCUCCGAGAUCCAGCGUCAGUUACGGUCAGAAGUGCUCACUGUGAUCAGCAGCAUGGCAGAUUUGACCAACGCCAUCCACUGGAUGCCACCAGGAUUCCUGUGGGCUGGAUGUUUCCCCGAUUGGCUGGUGGGCCUCAUGGGCACUACCUCUUCCUUGAUUGGCUUUCAUCAGAUGUGGACUGGCGAAGGAGGAGCUGGCGUCUGAGCUGAGAUUUCUCGUGUGUGUGAAGUACAAAGGCUCAGCUUGCAUUUCUCUCAAGGGAUGGAAGGAGCUGAGAAUGUGAUCUUUUAAGGCUAAAGUUAUAUUAGCUAUUGCAUGGGUAUAUAUUAUCUUUUUCUGAAGGACCAUAAAUGGCACCAGAUUAAUGGAUUGUAUCUCCUUUAUUUUUUUGCUUCAUUGUAACUCUCAAGGAGUUAUUACAGCUCUUCAUCUCUAGAGGGUACUUGUGAUUCAUGGACUGUGAAUGAUUUGACAGACCAGCCAAAACGACUCCUAACAUAUUACUGAAAGCUGUUUUAUGUAAUUUGAAUUACUGUCAGGAAGUGAUUAUUGCAAAUAAUACUGGCUUCAAUUAACACAAGAGGACCAAAGAUUACUGUAAGUCUGUUGAAGAACCGGUGUCUUAAAGAUUGGUCUUAGUUGUGUCUCGGUCAACCUAUUAAAAUUUGAAACGGGAAGAAAAAUUGCUUUAAAAUAAUUUGACAAAUUAUAAUGUUAAUCUGUAGAUGUUAAUGUUUUAAUGACUGGUUGAAUUAUUAUUUUUUUAAUUGUAAGCCUUUACUAGACAUCUGUUUUUUAUAACUCAGACCUCAUAUUAGUCGACUGCCUUUCUUGACAUUUUAAAAAUGAGACACCCUAAAAUAAUAAAAUGCACGGUAAUUUAAGAGA